AAUUGCUUUUGUGGCGUUCACAGUCAGGAAGUCAUGUCCAGAUCGGGUGAUAGAACAUCCACCUUUGACCCAACACACAGUGACACCCUGCUGCAUGGGCUCAAUCUCUUAUGGAGGAAACAGCUUUUCUGUGAUGUGACUCUCACUGCCCAGGGACAGCAGUUCCACUGCCACAAAGCGGUGCUGGCAUCCUGCUCCCAGUAUUUCAGAUCUCUCUUCUCCUCCCAUAAUGUAAUCAACAAUGAUGGGAGCAAAGGGGACCAGGGCAGCAGUGGGACCCCCUCAUCCUCUCCUGAUGACAAGCUGGUGACCCCCAGUGCCAGGCCCAUCAAUAACCUGGUACUCCAGGGCUGCUCCUCCAUUGGACUGCGAUUAGUGCUGGAGUACCUCUACACUGCCAACGUGACUCUUUCCCUGGACACAGUGGAAGAGGUGCUGUCAGUCAGCAAGAUCCUCAACAUCCCCCAGAUUACUAAACUCAGUGUGCAGUUCCUCAACGACCAGAUCUCUGUGCAGAACUACAAGCAGAUCUGCAAGAUUGCUGCACUCCAUGGACUGGAUGAGACCAAGAAGCUGGCCAACAAGUACCUGGUGGAGGAUGUGCUCUUGCUGAACUUUGAGGAGAUGUGCGCCAUGCUAGAUGCUCUGCCACCCCCAGUGGAGUCAGAGCUGGCUCUCUUCCAGAUGUCAGUCCUCUGGCUGGAGCAUGACCGGGAGACUCGCAUGCACUAUGCGCCAGACCUUAUGAAGAGGCUGCGCUUCGCCCUCAUACCUGCCCCAGAGCUGGUGGAGAGGGUGCAGUCCGUUGACUUCAUGAGGAGUGACCCUGUCUGCCAGAAACUACUCCUGGACGCCAUGAACUACCACCUGAUGCCCUUCAGGCAGCACUGCAGGCAGACUAUGGCCAGCAGAAUCCGUUCCAAUAAGAGAAUGCUGUUACUGGUGGGUGGUUUGCCUCCUGGACCUGAUCGUCUCCCCAGCAAUUUGGUCCAGUACUAUGACGACGAGAAAAAGACAUGGAAGAUCCUCACAAUAAUGCCUUACAACAGCGCCCAUCACUGUGUGGUGGAGGUGGAGAACUUCCUGCUGCUGCUGGGCGGAGAGGACCAGUGGAACCCCAACGGAAAGCACAGCACUAAUUUUGUCAGCCGCUAUGAUCCCAGAUUCAACAGUUGGAUACAGUUGCCCCCCAUGCAGGAGAGGAGAGCCAGUUUCUUUGCCUGCCGCCUGGAUAAGCACCUGUACGUGAUUGGUGGUAGGAACGAGACGGGCUACCUCUCCAGCGUGGAGUCCUACAACCUGGAGACUAACGAGUGGAACUACGUGUCGUCUCUGCCGCAGCCUCUGGCCGCCCAUGCAGGAGCAGUACAUAACGGCAAGAUCUACAUAUCAGGAGGAGUGCACAAUGGAGAGUAUGUGUCCUGGCUCUACUGUUAUGACCCUAUAAUGGAUGUGUGGGCUAGGAAACAGGACAUGAACACAAAGCGCGCUAUUCAUGCACUGGCUGGAAUGAACGACCGUCUAUAUGCUAUUGGUGGAAACCAUUUGAAAGGUUUCUCCCAUCUAGAUGUGAUGUUGGUUGAGUGUUACGACCCGAAAGCUGACCAGUGGAACAUCCUGCAGACACCCAUCCUGGAGGGUCGCAGCGGCCCGGGCUGUGCUGUUCUGGAUGACAGCAUCUUCCUCGUGGGGGGCUACAGCUGGAGCAUGGGGGCCUAUAAGUCUUCUACCAUCUGCUACAGCCCAGAGAAAGGAACAUGGACAGAGUUGGAGGGAGAGGUGGCAGAGCCUUUAGCGGGCCCAGCCUGUUCCACCGUCAUACUGCCUGCCUGCCUUCCUUUUAACAAAUGA